AUGGAAUUUCCUCUAGUAUUCAUGUUUACACUUUCUGCUAUGGUAUUUUUAGUCUCAGGAGAAAGAUCAACCUACAUUGUCCACAUGGACAAGUCUUUCAUGCCCAAUGCUUUUUCACACCACACACACUGGUAUUCCUCCAUAGUUGAUUCCCUCAAACUUGUUAGCCGCACAUCCAAUGGUCAGCAUCAGAACCCACCAAACCUAGUUUAUACUUAUGACAAUGCAUUUCAUGGGUUCAGUGCUGUUUUGUCGAAACAAGAACUCAAAACUCUUAAGAAAUCACCAGGAUUUGUCUCAGCUUAUAGUGAUAGAGUUGUUACACUUGACACUACUCACACUUUUGAAUUCCUUUCCCUAAAUCCUGCCACAGGAUUAUGGCCUGCUGCUGAAUAUGGCAAAGAUGUAAUUGUUGGGGUGAUUGAUACCGGAGUCUGGCCAGAGAGUUUAAGCUACAAUGACGAUGGAAUGGAGGAUAUUCCAGCAAGGUGGAAGGGAAUUUGUGAGGAGGGACAGGAAUUUAAGGCAUCACUGUGUAACAAAAAGCUUAUCGGAGUCCGGUACUUUAACAAGGGACUUAUAGCUACAAAUCCUAAUAUAACAUUGAGUAUGAACUCUGGAAGGGAUACUCAGGGCCAUGGCACACACACCUCGUCCACGGUUGCUGGAAAUUACAUCGAGGGAGCUUCGGUUCUCGGUUAUGCCUCGGGAACGGCACGAGGGAUGGCCCCACGUGCUCACGUGGCGAUGUAUAAGGUCAUUUGGGAUGAAGGGCGAUAUGCUUCUGAUGUUCUUGCUGGAAUGGACCAAGCUGUUGCUGAUGGUGUUGAUGUUAUAUCUAUUUCGAUGGGAUUCGAUGGAGUUCCUCUGUAUCAAGACCCUAUAGCAAUAGCAUCAUUUGGUGCAAUGGAGAAAGGUGUAAUUGUUUCCUCUUCAGCUGGAAAUGAACAUGAUAUUGGAAGUUUACACAACGGAAUUCCAUGGGUUUUGACAGUGGCAGCAGGUUCGAUCGACCGUUCGUUUGCCGGAACAUUGACUCUAGGGAAUGGUCUGUCCACCAAGGGAUGGACUAGGUUCCCUGCACCAGCCCUUGUCAAGGAUGCACCUCUUAUUUAUAACAAAACAAUUUCUUCUUGUGAUUCAACAAAUGCAUUGUCUUCAGUUGGAUACGGGAUAGUCAUAUGUGAAAAUGGUUCGUUCUCUGAACAACUGCUCUAUGUCUCCCAAUCAAAAGCUAUUGCUGGUAUCUUCAUCUCAGAUGAAAUAUUUGAGGGCAGUAUUGUUAACUUUCCUGGAGUCGUGAUCAGCACCGAGGAUGCUUCACUUCUCAUCAAUUAUGUCACAAAAAGUGCAAAGCCUGUUGCCAGCAUCAAGUUCCAACAAACAUUUUUCGGGGCGAAACCGGCCCCGGUGGUGGCUUCAUAUACCUCACGUGGCCCUGCCCCGAGCUAUCCCAGCGUCCUAAAACCAGACGUGAUGGCGCCAGGAACUAAUGUCCUUGCAUCCUGGAUUCCAGAUACUGAAAUAGCAUACAUUGGCAAUAUUGCUUUAACUAGUGAUUAUAUUAUGAUUUCUGGUACAUCAAUGGCAUGCCCUCAUGCUGCAGGCAUUGCUGCACUUCUAAAAGGCGCGCACCCUGAAUGGUCUCCAGCCGCCAUUCGUUCCGCCAUGAUUACAACUGCUAGCCCAUUUGAUAACACGGAGCACUACAUUCUAGAUUCGGGCUUAGACAACGAAAUCGCUACACCUCUAGCCAUGGGAGCAGGACAGGUUAAUCCAAAUGGUGCCCUUAAUCCUGGACUCAUAUACGAUGCCAGUCCCCAAGAUUACAUCAAUCUACUCUGCUCGAUGAAUUUUACUCAACAACAAAUCACGACCAUCACAAGAUCAAAGUACACUUGCUCAAAUCCGUCCUCCGACCUCAAUUACCCAUCCUUCAUAGCCUUGUACACCAAUGGAACCACUAAGCUGGUUCAGAAAUUCCAGAGGACCGUUACGAAUGUUGGAGAUGGAGCCGCAACUUACAAGGUUAAAGUGACAGCACCAGAAGGUUCCAUUGUUAAUGUAUACCCAACAACGUUGGUGUUUGGAGAGAAAUAUCAGUGUCUGAGCUAUACUGUAACUAUAAGUUACCAGGGGAACAGUUCAGGAGCAAUUACAUUUGGUUCACUAAUUUGGGUUGAGGAUAAUGGAAAGUAUACUGUGAGGAGUCCUAUUGUUGUGUCCCCUAUGAUCACGACUUGGUGA